CUGAAUAUAAUUUAAAAUGCCGCUUCUAAUAUUAAUUUUGUAAUAAUUUUGAAUUGGUUAAUAAAAAAAUAUCGGCAUUAAAAAAGAUAUGAUCAAUCGGGAUAUUUUAUAUUUUUAUUGUAUUUUUGACAUUCACGACCAUAUGACCUUAUUUGGUAUUCCCUAAGUAGAGAACACUAGCCAGACCUUCUUGGAUAACUUCUUGGAUUUUCGAAUACUUAUAAGACAACUUUUACAACAUUGUUUUGAUGUCGGUUUAUUGGAAACAACACUCAGAAUGUCAGCGGAGAAUGUUGCAGCACCUCCUCCACCUCCACUCCCUCCUCCACCUCCAUCAGUGUCCAGCAAGAAGAAGCUUUACCAGGCUUUAGCAGAGGGAAGGGCCCCUGUAGAGGGGGACCAUGAAGAGGCGAGGAUUAUUAUAGUACAGAGAGAAAGCAGUUUUAGGAAGGAUCUGCAGUGGUUGCUGUUCAAUAAGUAUGUGCCUUCACUCAUUCAAGAUGGCCCACAGUGUGGUCUUGUGGCCUUAUGGAUGGCGGCUCAUCUGCUGCAGCCUCCUCAGACGCUGGUCCUGGAGACGCUGGUCCAAACGGCAAAAAACAACGGCUACACUGAACAAGGAGAAAUGUUUUCUGCCUGUGACAUGGCCAAGCUGGCGGAGGAAGUGUGUGGGUGCAGAGUUCAGAGGUUAUCAGGAGGCAUGAUGGGAGAAAACACCACUGUCAUUCUUAAACACCUCGCUGGCGGACAGCCUGUUCUUAUACCAUAUGAUGAGGAUUUUAAUCAUGAGCCCUGUCUACGCAAUGGCCACAAAGCCCACUGGGCAGUCGUCUCAGGUAUAUUACUAGGUUUAAGACAGGGGUGUGUGGACAGCAAACACUUCCCUCCUGACGUCACACUCCCCUGGCUGCAUCUCUCUCAGAACGAGGCGUCUGUCUCCUGGCCGAUGGAUGGCAUUGAAGAGGUCUUUGUUCUGGCUAAGCAGGGGAAGAGUCUCCGUUACCAGCUGUGGAGGUUUGAGUUAAUUACACAAAGCAACAGCCAACUCAAGGAAAUGGCCCCUCAGAGAGCCAGCGACGGGACGCGUUACGUGCUUCCUGUUGGCGGCGUACAAGAAGGACUGGCAGGACAAGUGCUGCUGCUUCACACCAACACACAAAUCAGCUGAUCAAGAACACCAGACUCUUCUUCACACGGAGUCAUUUCUGGAGUCGGUGGCGCACCUGUGUUUUCAGUCUUCAUCCACUAGGUGUCCUUAUAGAUUGAGUUUUUGAAAAGCUGCUAAAGCUAAAUAUGAAGUGAUGAAGUUACUUUAUGUAAAACUAAGAAACUGAUGCAGAAUAAUGUAAUUAUAUUACAUGCUCGUUACAAGCUGUGUGAUAUAAUUUGACACAUAAUCUGCACACUUUAUGAAUGAUAGGUGAUCCUGAUCAAAACGAACUGUGCUUAUUUUAGUAGACACACUUCAGGAAUCAAGAUUUCACAAUGAAGAAUGAUUACAAAAAGAUUUUAGAUCUUUUUUCAGUACACUUUUAUUUGUAGUUUGGUUUAAAGGUGCAAUAUGUAAUAUUUUUGCAGUAAAAUAUCCAAAAACCACCAGGCCAGUGUUAUAUAUUUUGUUCACUUGAGUACUUACAAUAUCUCAAAUGUUUCCAACUAUUUGUAAAUCGUGAGAAAAUUGCUAUUUUAACCAAGGCUCCGGGACGUGUGAGGAGUCGCCUGUCAAUUGCGUCAUACCCGCGUUACCCUCGGUCUGCCUCAGUUUCCGGUUUUAUUUUGUAGAAACCAUGGAAACACCAAAGACGCUAUAAUAUAUUACACGUUUUAAUAGACAAGGGAACAACUGUUUUGAUAUAUUUAUAGACAGAAAUCUAAUUGUUGUUAUAUUCUUUUGCACCGUCCGUUGAGGUGAAGACCACAUGUCCCAAGAUUCCACGCUCAAACUUGGCGUCAUCAAGCUACGCCUUUGUUUUGAAUAGGCCUCUAUUGGACAGAAUUCUUAGAUACUGCACCUUUAAAGUCAUAUCAUGAUGCUAUUUUUAAGUUAUUUUGAUUAUUGGGUGUAAUAGCAUAGGUUAACAUGCUUAAAUAUAUAUAUAUAUAUAUAUAUAUAUAUAUAUAUAUAUAUAUAUAUAUAUAUAUUUAAGCUCUGAUUGGCCAGCUGACCCAGUGUGUUGUGAUUGACCAAUCACCUCAAGCGUGUGUUGGAAAUGUAACACCCCUUACCAUAAUCGCGAGCUGCUGUCCGUAACUUUUUUUUUGUGUUCAAAAUUAAUUUGCAAAACUUUUUUGGGUGUACCUCCUCUAGGGGGGUCCAGGGGCAUGCCCCCCCCAUAAGAAAAUUUUGUACAUUUUAAGGUUAAAUGCAUAAAUCUGGUGCACUGCACUAUGAGAGCUCAAAACUGAGAGCUUAAGCCCAUGUACAAUGUGCAAAUUGAACAAAGAAACAGCAUUGACUUGGACAUUAAAGAGGGCUCAAACAUCUUUUUAGUUGUGAUAUAGAGUCUCAGUCUACAUUACAUUGACACUGGUGUUUUAGGAUGCCAAACAAUUAUUAGGCCUACAAUAAUAUUAUAUGAUUUAGGCCUUUAUAAUUAUUCAUAUGACAGUAAUACCCAUAUAUUGUAACAAAUGCACUGUAAAAUAAAGCCCCCUUAGCCCACCCCUAGCUCCCCCCCUGUGUGUAUAUAUAUAUAUAUAUAUAUAUAUGUAUAUAUAUAUAUAUAUAUAUAUAUAUAAUGAGCGAAUAUUACGUGUAUCCAUUUUCCAAACCGUGAAUCACUACGCUACACCUAAUAUAAUUAUUUAUAUUCGGACUAGUUUAGACUGGUUCGGGUCGUACCACUGCGGAGUAGCACAGUACCUGUGUGACUUGUCAUAGACAUAAACAGAGAGAAAUAGCUCCAGCUACAGUGUUCUUCCGCAAGACGAAUGCAGUUCUGUUUAUUAACCGCAAGAGCGCCAAAAGUGACGGGCUGCGGUUUUACCAUAUCAGCUCAGGCCUGAGUCGGAUUCUGAAAAUGCAGAUGCUGUUAAAGACUAAACUGUCUUUUCAUCUUGUGGUUAAGAUGCUUCUCUUUUUUAAAUGUGGUAUCUGCUGGCGCAAAACUUUGUGUAACAAUUCAGUUAGUUUUAACUGUGUUUGUUUAACCAGUGUGAGGUAAUCCUCUUGACUAAUCUGAACUUUAAGUUCCGUUCAGGACAAACAAACUGAGCUGAGGAGUCAAGUCAGAUGUCAUACUGACGACCAUGAGCAGUAAUAGGACAAAGUGUUUAUCUGUUUUGAUGUCAUCAGAGUUUUCAGAACACAUCUGGUCAUUUGUUGUGCAACUUUAGGAAGAACUGCUCUGAACAGGAAAUUAUGACAGAGGAAAACAUCACUUGGCAGGAAUAGAACAUUUACAAUAGAGAGCAGUAUCCUUGUAAUCCAAAUAACUUCCUCCUGACUCACAGGAAUGUUUUAUUCAAUACAAUUGAAUAAAAGAUUUUUUAAAUGUUUUUGAAAGAAGUCUCUUCUGCUCACCAAGGCUGCAUUUAUUUGAUAAAGAUACAGUAAAACAUAAUAGUGUGAAAUAUUAUUACAAUUUAAAUGCACUGUUUUCUAUUUUAAUAUAUUGUGAAAUGUAAUUUGUUCCUGUGAUGCAAAGCUGAAUUUUCAGCAUCAUUACUCCAGUCUUCAGUGUCACAAGAUCCUUCAGAAAUCAUUCUAAUAUUCUAAUAAUAAUUUGUUGCUCAAGAAACAUUUAUUAUUAUUAUUGUCUAAAACAGUUGUGCUUCUUAUUUUUGUGGAAAAAAUUAUCUUUUUUUUUCCAGAAAAAUUAUUCUUUGAUGAAAAGAAGAGGAUUUAUUUUAAUUAGAACUCUUUUGUAACCAACUUUGUCACUUUAGAUCAAUUUAAUGCAUCCUAAUAAAAGUAUUAUUUCUCAACCUAGUCUAUACCAUAGAGUAUUGAUGACCCUUAAAGUCCCCCUGUAAUCAGUUUUAUCCCUUAAAACUCAUCUUUGAUCACCAAAAUGACAUUUAAACAUUUUUUUCCUGUGACAAAAAGUCUUCAUGCUUUAAAAUAGCUUGAAUAUAACUCUACACCCUGCGUAUAAUAAAUGAAGCAAGAUCAAUGAAUAUGCAAAUUAGCCCCGCCUCCACUCACUCACACGAGCUCAGAGAUCCACUCGGUCAACUUACUGAGGUAAACGCUGCACAAUGGUAUCGCUCUUUACAACAUCGGACACAUAGCGGUAAUUAAUAUGAUUAACCAUUUGCUUGACUGGUUAUCAAACAGCUAAUAAUGUGUUGCUAAUUUUACACAAACCAUGUUCCCGUUCGCCAUGUCAGAGUCAGACAGCGUAAUAUACAUCAUACACCCACCAUAUUGCUAAAUCUACACAAUGAUAUGCUAAAACCCACAUACACGUUGACGUAAUUGGUUACAAGGUAGUUUGUGAUGUCAGAAACACCAGCGAUUUCAAACCACAGGUUUGAGACUGUCUUUAGAUCACUGCAGUUUUAAAGAGAAAAUACUCAGCAAUGGUGUUGACUUAUGAAUUUGCACAUGGCUUGUCUUAAAGAACAUUAAAAACACCACAUAAACAUAUAAACAACAUUAAAAACUUGAUUUUCACCACAGGGGGUCUUUAAGUAAUGGUGAAUCAGAAAAUUAACAGGAGAAAUACAGUAUAUUAAACAAUAAUAGUUCCAGUUUAUUGUAUUGGCUUUGAAGACAACAAUGAUUCAAGGUGAUGCGAGUACAAAUGCUCAGCGUGUCAAUUAAACUGCCAUCUCAAACUGUAUUAAAUGGGCUGAGACAACUCAAAAGGGCAACGCACCUUCCAGUUUCCAAUAUAUAUCUCUUUCCAAUAUAAAACAUGUUAUCUACAGUAGUUAGAAACCAAUUUCAACAAAUUGAAUGAUACAUAAUACUUUACAUAAUCUGUAAACAAGUCAGUGGAUCUCCAGAGGAACGGGUGACACUUUAUGUUCACAGUCAGAUGGGGAAAUACUGACAGACACAUCAACAGACCAUGUGCAGACCCGCUCAAGAUGGAAAAUACAAUCUCUGAAGCUGUAAGAUAAACACAUACACAAAUAGUGGUAGAACAUCGCGUUCUGUAAACUAACAUCAACUCAAAGCGUCCAGGUGAGGUAAUCACUUUAACACCAUGUUUGUGAUCUUGAAGAGGAUAUUAUCUUUUUAUGUCUAUCUCUGAAAUGAGUAAACAUGAAGUGAUGAUGGAAAAAGUUUGGUUUCUGUGUUUUUUUUAAGCUGACCACAGCACUAAUUUGAGAACUAAUGCAUUCCAGCGACAAGAUGACAUCAGUGGCCAUAAUCUGCUUAUGUGCACCAAAAUAAAUUUUCCACCACAGUUUGCAAGAUCAACUAUCUCAACCUGUCAGAUUUGUUCUUCAUGCAUGCAAUAAUGUCAUGAUCGCAAUGAAGCUGCUCAACUCCACAGAGGUCAUUCUUUUGUGGGAACCAAUACAAAAAUUAAAAAAAUAUUCUAUUUGUAUUUAAAGAAAAAAAGAAUCAGGUUGUUGGGGCAGAUAAAGGAGGUUAAAUUCUCAAACGCCUUUUUGGCUAACCUAGAAACUAAACCAUAUGACUAACACUGCAAACAGGUCAGUUACUGAUGGGUUACCUUAAAAACCAGUAAGUGAACAAACAGAUCAAACUAUUCCAUCAACACGUGUAUAUAAAUAUCUAUUACACUUAUGUAUAUUUGUAACUGUGGCUACUUUUAAAGGGACAGUUCACCCAAAAAUGAAAAUUGUCAUCAUUUACUCACCCUCAAGUUGUUCCAAACCUGUAUGAAUUUCUUUCUUCUGCUGAACACCAUAUUUUAAAGAACAUUGAAAGAAAUUCAUACAGGUUUGGAACAACUUGAGGGUGAGUAAAUGAUGACAAUUUUCAUUUUUGGGUGAACUGUCCCUUUAAAAAACACUGCAUCUAAUUCUGAUCAGUAAAUAGAAGAAACACAAUCUUGGUAGAGUCUAACUAUCCACGUUAUGAGGGGUUAGUUUAGUGCAAAAAUGUUUGUGUCAAACUUUACCUCUGACUGAGCCAAUCUGUUAACUGUUUUCAACUUUCAACUUCAAGAUUAGAAGACCACAGGGGGAGGAAAAAAAGAUGACAGUCUGCCUGUAGUUUGGCAGUUAGAUCACCUUUCAGAAAUAAAUGAGGUACUAAUUAGAUUACGGAAACAAAAUCAAAGCAAAAACCUAAAUUAUUAUAAAAUAAAAAUGUAAAAAAAAAAAAAUUAAAUA